GCUUCUACGCCGAGCAGCUGAGCACCUCCACGCCCCCCCUGUUGGCGUCCAUGAUCGGCACCUCCAAGGACACCUGCGACGAGUUCGUCUUGCGCCGCAACCAGGCCGUGGCUGUCUUCAUCGACGAGCACGGCACUCGCGGCGUGCGCGUCGCGUGGCAGGAGGUGGACGAGACCGUCAGCAGCUACAAGAAGAGGGAGGUGCAGGUCGAAGGAGCGCCAACGCGGCUCCAGUUAUUGGCUGAUUACGUGGAGGAGCACGGUGAUCCCAAAACAAAUGGGAAAGGCCAUCAGAUCGUCAUGCACGAGGGCUUCGAAUGCGUGGCUAUCCCAGGCAAGCGGGAGUGGCUCGUGAAGAACGUGACGACGCAGGGCGUGGCGAAGCUCAGGAAGCACCAGACCAGCGCUGGCGCGCUGUUCGACGGUCAGCUGGAUCGCGCCUAUGCAGGGCUCUCGGCCAGCCUUGGGCAGGCCUUUGCGCGGCCGAGUGGCGAGGAGGCUCCGAGUAUCUUCGCCAAGGCGCCAGGGCCAGCUCCACCUACGAUGGGACCGUCGACGGCGCCACCAUCGAUGCCUUCAUCGUCGACGCAGGCGCCUCCGAAUAUUUUUGGAGGGUUCCAGGCGGCCUUCAUCCCAGUGAUGGUUCCGCAGCCCACAGGCUCCGAGGCCGCCCCAGCGGGCCAGGCCGGGGGCGCGCCCACCAAGGGCGCGGGCGCUCGCAAGCCGAGCAGCCGUCGCAUGCGCGGCACCAGCAGCGCUGCCAGCGGCAGCAGCACCGGCGGCGCCGGCAGUGACGCUGGCGGCAGUGAGCCCGAGAAGAGGCGCCCAGGCCGGCCCCGCGGCAACCGUCGCGCGGCUCUCCUUGCCCACUUGACGGCGUACCGCACGUGCACCCAGGACGAGAAGUAUUUCACGGUGCAGAACUUCCAGCGGCAGUUCGCGAAGGCUCUCACUGACUUCGCGGACACGAUCGUGCCAGCAGAUAAUGUUCAGGAGGAGCUGGAUGCCGCGAAGGCGAAAGGUCAGGACGAACCAGAGGUCUACCCCGACGGUGACGAGGUCCAGGUCUUGCGCAAACAGGCGCAAGAGGCGAUUAACCUGGCCAAGGCGUGGACGCGGUCAGGGAGCUUCGACAAGGCCUUCGCGUCUGCCUACAAGAUGUCCUUGACCUUCUUGGCCACGCCUCCUGUGGCGGACGCCCCCUUCCCGCACUGGAUGCUGCAGGAGUACAUCGCGCAGCAGGCAUCCCCUCCCGACGACGCUAUGUGGUCGAUGCUGGACCCGUCGAAGCUGAAGGAGGCUGGAUUUCCAACGAAGGCUGGUCAGGCAGCUAUGUGCGUGGACAUGUUGAAGAUGAAGAUCAGCAUGCUGGCGCAGGCGGGCCCCAAGCAUCUUUACCGCGACCUCCUUCGCCUGUCGAGCGCGACGCCGGUGUGGGCGUCGUCCGAGAUAAAGGCAGACAUGGGCGCUCUGCGGUCUGCCAUGCAACUGCUAGGCGACGAGGUCAUGCCGGGGGCCGUGGAGCUGGAAGAGGCGGCGGACUGCGUGACGGGCAUCUUGUCCAACCGCUGGCCGAUGGCUGGAUCAGCUGCACAGUGGCCCAACGCGAAGCGGCUUCUCCGCGACUCGCAGACGGCCAUUGAGGGCUUCACCUUCGGGAUCCAGCUCCAGAAGCGCACGGUGGCCGCCGUGGAGCUGGCCCACAAGUGCGCCGUGCAGGAUGCCCCCGCGCUGGACUUGGCGUCCCGCGUCACCAGCACCACUGGCCACCUGGUUGGCAUAUCGAAGCUCCUGAGCGAGGCGACGCCUUUGUCAGCGAGGUACCUCAGCGUGUCCGAGGUGGACGGGCCGCUCUUCAACUACUGCGCCGCCGCCGCGGAUCUGAUCCUGGACCUGAGUCAG